AUGGCUUCUUCUUCUUCCUACAACUACCAAUCCUCCUACUACUCCCCGCAACCCUUGAACGAGAAAGCCGACAACUACCGCGAGAGCUCCGGCCGCAGGGAGCAGCGAUACCGGGCCAGUGAAGGAACCAUCAGCACCACCAUGAGCUCCUCCACGGGACGCGAAUCCUCCGGCACUCAUAUGACCGAGGCGCCGACCUACUCCAAGAAGAUCGUCGUCGUCGGUGAUGGUGGUUGCGGGAAGACUUGCCUUCUCAUCAGCUACAGUCAAGGAUACUUCCCCGAGAAAUACGUACCGACUGUAUUCGAAAACUACAUUACCUACCCCAUCCACCCUCCCACAGGCAAGAUUGUCGAGCUUGCCCUGUGGGAUACCGCCGGCCAAGAGGAAUACGACCGACUGAGGCCGCUUUCCUACCCCGAAACCGAUUUGAUCUUUGUCUGCUUCGCCAUCGACUGCCCCAACUCUCUUGACAACGUCCUGGAUAAGUGGUACCCCGAAGUCCUUCACUUCUGCCCCUACACUCCCCUUAUCCUCGUCGGCCUCAAGUCCGACCUCCGUUACAAGAAGACCUGCAUCGACAUGCUCAAGACCCAAGGCCUCACCCCCGUGACGACGGAGCAAGGUCUCGCCGUGUCCAAGAAGAUGGGCGCCCAGUACAUGGAGUGCAGUAGCAAGGAGAUGCGCGGCGUCGACGAGAUCUUCGAAAAGGCCAUCCUCACCGUCGUGGCCAACGAUCGUCGGAAUCUCGAGGCGCAAAUGGCCGCGGCUAGCUCGUCCGGCGGCAAUACCAACUUUGUUGUACCCGUCAAGCGAAAGAAGCGGAGUUGCAAGAUUCUUUAA